GCAGGGAGAAAAAGCUUCCUUCGAGGAGAGACAGCUCCCUUUCAGAUAGGAAUCUGGGACAGAUUUUGCCAACAGCCAGAAGCAGGGCCCUUUGGUAAUAAAAUAGCCAAUGUAAUUUGACACUUCAACUUGCUCUGCUCUCUGCUAGUUGAUUCACUUAUUCUCCCACUAACACUGAGCUCCUUUUCACUGUCUGUGAGAGGUUUUUUUAAAUUUAGAUUAUAUAUAUAGACAUAUAUUAAAGGCAAGAAAUAAGAGAUUUUUUAAAAGUAAAAUUUUAAAAGCCACCUGAACCAGACCUGCAGCAGAUCCACUGGAAAGAGGGAAUAUUUUGCUUUGCCUGCUUUCUUCCGUAUGAUUUUUUUCCUCCUUCUUGCAAGCCUUGUUCAUUCCCCCAGUCUGUAGGAAAAACCUUGUGCAUUGUGGAUUCAGGCAUCGCUUCCAGCUCCCUUCCACCUUUUCUCCCUGUUUGUUAAGAGCUCCUGUAAGCUAAUUGAUGGUGACCUCUUCAGAGAGUUAAAAGAACAAGCCUGGGGAGUUUGCCAUCAAGUUGCACGUCUUACCACUGGCAUUGAGUGAGAGAUUAAUCAGACCAGCAGUUUUUGUUCCUAAAUGCUGAACCACCUAAAGGAAAUUGGAUCUUGUUAUGUGAAGCUUCAAAGGGCCUAGUCAUUUGCUGCCGCUAGGUAGGAAGUGCUCGUGGAACACUCUGGUGCAUUAAUCCAUCUCCUUGCCUUGCAAAGACAGCAUGAUCAAUGGCACAUCACUGCAUGUCAGCUGUACAACAUGACAGUAGCCACAAAUGUGUGAGGCUAGAUGAAACCCCAGGGAUUCUUAUGGUCACAGCCCCUGCGGAAAGCUUGAGGGAUUUUAAUGGCUUUCAGGUAGAAUCCAAGUGGAGACAAUCAAAAUGAAUUCUAUGGACAGGCACAUACAGCAGACCAACGAUCGGCUGCAGUGCAUAAAACAGCACUUACAGAAUCCUGCCAACUUCCACAAUGCAGCUACAGAACUCCUGGAUUGGUGUGGCGAUCCGAGAGCGUUCCAGAGGCCCUUUGAACAGAGUCUGAUGGGCUGUUUGACGGUUGUUAGCAGAGUGGCAGCACAGCAGGGCUUUGACCUGGACCUUGGAUACAGGCUGCUGGCCGUUUGUGCAGCCAACAGAGACAAGUUCACGCCAAAAUCAGCUGCGCUGCUCUCGUCGUGGUGUGAGGAGCUGGGACGACUCUUGCUGCUGCGUCACCAGAAAAGUCGGCAAAACGACCCUCCUGGGAAGCUCCCCAUGCAGCCGCCCAUGAGCUCCAUGAAACCCUCCCUUUCACACAGGUGCAUAUGUGACGGCUGCCAUCUUGACAGACCCCAGAGAUUGAAACGGGGACCUCCAGAGCUGAAAGCUGAUGGGACUUUCCCGUAUGAUUCUGUUCCUUGGCAGCAAAACACCAACCAACCACCAGGCUCCCUUUCAGUGGUCACUACAGUAUGGGGUGUGACUAACACCUCCCAGAGCCAGGUGCUGGGAAAUCCUAUGGCAAAUGCUAACAAUCCUAUGAACCCAGGAGGAAAUCCCAUGGCUUCUGGGAUGACUACCAGCAAUCCUGGCAUGAAUUCACCUCAGUUUGCUGGGCAACAACAGCAGUUCUCGGCCAAGGCAGGCUCCAAUCAGCCGUACAUACAACCGGGCAUGUAUGGGCGGCCCAACUACCCAGGGAGUGGAGGCUUUGGGGGAAGCUACCCAGGAGGCCCUAAUAAUCCUGCAGGAAUGGGGAUCCCACCCCACACCAGGCCGCCUGCUGAUUUCACUCAACCAGCUGCUGCCGCCGCCGCCGCUGCAGUUGCAGCAGCGGCAGCUACAGCCACAGCUACUGCCACAGCAACAGUUGCUGCCCUUCAGGAAACACAGAACAAGGAAAUGAAUCAGUAUGGACCGGUUUGUUCCUCUUUCCAGAUGGGUCCAACUCAGGCUUACAACAGCCAGUUCAUGAACCAGCCUGGCCCCCGUGGCCCGGCUUCCAUGCCAGGCAGCAUGAACCCUGCCAGUAUGGGAGCGGGCAUGACGCCUUCCAGUAUGAGUGGGCCACCUAUGGGCAUGAACCAGCCCAGGCCGCCUGGAAUGAAUCCUUUCAACCACGGGCAAAGGAUGCCACAGCAAGCCUACCCUGGCCCGCGUCCCCAGUCUUUGCCUAUGCAGGCCAUGAAGAGACCGUAUCCAGGAGAGCCAAACUAUGGAAACCAGCAGUAUGGACCAAAUAGCCAGUUUCCAUCCCAGCCUGGUCAGUACCCAGCUCCCAACCCUCCCAGACCCCUGACAUCUCCCAACUACCCUGGACAAAGGAUGCCAAACCAGCAAAACACAGGGCAAUAUCCUCCUCCAACGGUCAACAUGGGACAGUAUUACAAGCCAUCAAGGCCUGUUCCUGUGGCGAAUUACCCUCACUCACCUGUUCCAGGAAACCCCACGCCACCUAUGACUCCAGGGAGCAAUAUUCCUCCAUACCUGUCCCCUAAUCAAGAUGUCAAACCGCCAUUCCCACCUGACAUUAAACCAAAUAUCAAUGCUUUACCACCACCUCCAAAUGCUAAAGGGAAAGUUCACGCUUUCUCUCCCUCUUCGAUCCCAGCCAACCAUAACGAUGAACUGCGCUUGACGUUCCCUGUGAGAGACGGGGUCGUAUUAGAGCCCUUCCGGCUGGAACACAAUUUGGCGGUCAGCAACCAUGUCUUUCACCUACGGCCCACGGUGCAUCAGACGCUAAUGUGGAGGUCAGACUUGGAGUUACAGUUCAAGUGCUAUCACCAUGAAGACAGACAGAUGAACACCAACUGGCCAGCAUCAGUCCAGGUCAGCGUCAAUGCAACUCCGCUUACCAUUGAACGUGGCGACAACAAGACAUCGCAUAAACCGCUGCAUCUAAAGCACGUCUGUCAGCCAGGAAGAAACACCAUUCAAAUUACCGUCACAGCAUGCUGUUGUUCACAUUUGUUCGUAUUGCAGUUAGUACACCGGCCAUCAGUGCGCUCUGUACUUCAGGGCUUACUAAAGAAACGCCUCCUUCCAGCCGAGCACUGUAUCACUAAAAUCAAGAGGAAUUUUAGCAGCGUGGCAGCCUCCUCUGGCAAUGCAACUCUUAACGGUGAGGACGGAGUGGAGCAGACAGCUAUCAAAGUGUCCCUGAAGUGUCCGAUCACAUUCCGGCGGAUCCAGCUUCCGGCAAGAGGCCACGACUGCAAACAUGUACAGUGCUUUGAUCUGGAAUCCUACUUGCAGCUGAACUGUGAACGAGGGACGUGGAGGUGUCCUGUAUGCAAUAAAACAGCUCUGCUGGAGGGCCUGGAGGUUGACCAGUAUAUGUGGGGCAUUUUGAACGCUAUACAAAACUCAGAGUUUGAGGAAGUCACAAUUGACCCAACGUGCAGCUGGAGGCCUGUCCCAAUCAAGUCAGACAUUCACAUCAAAGAUGAUCCAGACGGCAUGCCUUCCAAGAGGUUUAAAACCAUGAGUCCCAGCCAGAUGAUCAUGCCUAAUGUGAUGGAGAUGAUUGCAGCUUUGGGUCCAGGCCCAUCACCUUACCCCUCAAUCCCACCUCCACCCGGCGGCAACAAUUCCAAUGAAUACAGUAACCAAGGUAACAGUUACCAAGGUCACAGCAAUUUUGAUUUUCCACACGGGAAUCCUGGUGGAACUUCUAUGAAUGACUUCAUGCAUGGGCCUCCUCAGUUGUCACACCCUCCAGACAUGCCCAGUAACAUGGCAGCUCUGGACAAACCUCUAAGUCACCCCAUGCAGGACCCUAUCCCUCAUCCCGGCAGCACUGAUCAGUCCCAUAGUUCCAUGCAGCAAGGUUUGCACGUACCUCAUCCCAGCAGCCAGUCAGGGCAGCCAUUACAUCACAGCGGUCCUCCUACCCAGCCGUCCCGGCAGCCGCCACAGGCCGCUCCUAGCAACCAUCCACACAAUGACCUGGCCUUUAACCCCUCCUCAGCCUUAGAAGGUCAGGCUGGUGGGCAGGGGACAUCUGAUAUGCCGGAGCCUUCGCUGGAUCUGCUUCCAGAACUCACGAAUCCAGAUGAGCUACUUUCAUACUUGGAUCCUCCUGACUUACCAAGCAAUAGCAAUGAUGACCUUCUUUCUCUUUUUGAGAACAACUGAAGCCUUCUGUGUUUUGUCCCCAACACCUCACACUUGUUUGACAAGUCUGUAGCUUCACGGUGAGGAAUCCCAAGCCACCCUUUUUUCACAAGGACAAACUCACAACUUAAGCAAAUGGUGCACACUCCCUACUUAACUUCAUCUCAGAACUGCUUGAGUCAAGCUUCAUCAACUGCGGUGGGGAAAAGCAAGAGGACAAUAAGGUGGUGACCUCACAGACUGCCACUCUACUUCACAGAUCGAUUGUGCAGCUGUGGAAAACCUCACUUGUUAAUUAUGCAGAGAGAUAAAAGAGUUUUGGGAUAUGCCUAGAGAGAAGCAGCCCAGUAGAAACCAGUCUCAGCAAGGGAAGAAAGGCAACAGAACUAUGCUAAGCGACCAGUUUCAGAAAGUCCUUCCAACUUGUGUUCUUCCAUUAAGUUCUCUCUCCCUCCUGCCCUAAUGCUAUAUUGUCUGUUCCACUAUGUUCCUUCCCUCCCUCUCCCAGUACACUUCUGUCGGACACAAUAAGGACAAAACUUAUUUGGCAGCACUUUUAGACUAGCCAAACAAACUCAGAAACAUAAAACAAAUACCAAAAAGCACAAAAAACCAAUAAAGAUGUCACAAGUAGGAUAAAAAUACAAAAUGCAGCCAAGGGAGGCAUCUGUUUCUUAAGACAGUGGUUUCUCCAUUGUGGAAGAGUCCAGUGAAUCUCCAGGGUAUGGCAAGCGUGCUUUUCUAAAUCGUAGCAAUCUUUUUUAUUUUACUAUUCUUAGAGGAAGGGUAGUUACCUUGCUCUGACACAGAUACGUGGACACCUUGUUUUCUUCUGUCCUUCUCUUUCCCUUUCUGUUUUUCUUCUUCUUAAGGGAUUUGGUUUCAGAUUACUGCCUUUUGUGACAAUAAAGCAGCCAGCUAUUAAAAGGGGCAGACCAUAUUCACAUACGAAGUAGAAGAGAAAAACUGUAAACCGCUGAUCCAUCACCAAGAGCUUUCGAUUUUUGUAACCUGCGAAGUUAGAUCACUGCUCAGUUCCUAACAGGAAAAUGUAGCAAAAGUGUGGAGAAAAAGAGCUCUCACUUCAAGAUAUUUGGGGGCGGGGAGAGAGAUAGAGGGGAAAACUGUUCACAAUUGUUUGGAAUUGAAGGAGACGUUUGCAAUAAGAGUCACCUUAUCUCUCUCCCCAUCCUCCGAUGGUUUGCUUUACAUUUUCCAAAUUGUGUAAUGUGGCUCUGCCUUUUUGUUUCUCUUUUUCAGUUUUAUUGUAUCAUUUAGCUGCCAGGACCUUUUCCCUCUUCUUUUCAAAAAAUGUAUUUCCAGGGAUAAUGGGCACGGGAACAGUAAGUUCCUUUGGUACCACCGUACAGCAGGCUCUCGUGCCACAAUGCUUCCAUGGUAUUUGUGCUUCUCAUGUGGUUGCUUCCCUCCUGCAUGAGCUUCCAGUCACUUCUGGGCCCAUUUCUGCGUCCUCUCCGUCGUUCUCUCUUUAUAAAUUUUGUAUAGUACCUGUGUGUUAAGACGUGCAUGUGUGCCAACUUUGCCCUUGCGGGCCAACAUUUCAUCUUCUGCCUACUGUGUACAGAAUAUUGCUUUUUUGUGGAUAAUACACCUUGAUUGCUUCGUCCCCUGUUUGGAAUCCAAUCCAAUCGUCCCAUCUUUGAUUUCAGCAGUAGGCUUUCGAUUUUGUGCCAGAUGGAACUCUUGCGUGUUGGUUUCAGUGUGUAAACUCCGCCCACCUUGCCCUCUGCGAAUGGCAUGACCUGUGCAUUCCAUUCUGAAUUUGCUCUCCUCACCAAAGUCAUGCUUGUAAAUUCUUUGAGCAUUUGUUCUUAGCAUCUACCACCACUGCUGUAUUUGCAUCUUGUUAUAUAUAUAUGCUAGUCGACAGCACCUUGCUGUAGAUAUUACAGGAAAUGGCAGUUUUAGUUCUUAUAUUAUUUUCCAGUUAGGAGUGUUGAAUUUGUAAACAUUUUAUGUAGAGAUGUUCCUACAUUUACCUUUCCCCUCCCCACCCUUUUAUUGAGGUUUUUAUUUUGUUCCUUUUUUCAAGAGAAGCGCUGUUCAUUAUGCAAGAUCAAUUAUUUUAAGAAUUGCUGUUGUAAAUACCUUUUGUGAAUAUUUUAGUAUUGUCUUUGAUUAUUAUAUUCAACAUUUUCACAAUCUGGAUAUACAUGUGUUUUUAAAAUACAUAGUCAGGGGGAGCGGGUCUUUUUUCUUUUCUUUUCUUUUCUUUUUGUAAAGGGUUCUUGGACUAAGGGAACAUUGAUUUUUCCUUCUGAUAAAUUAGCCCUAUCAGUUUCUUCAACAAACAUCUGGCCAGUGUCCUCAGCAGCCCAGCAAAGAAAUUGUUAUGAGCUAGGAAGUGUGACUGUCCUAACCUGUAUCACCCUAGACUUCUGCUUUGUAGGCAAAGAAGCUAUUUCUAAGGCUCUCACUUACAUCCCUCUGAAAAGGAUGCUGGCCUAUGCGUAGAAGAGGGGAAAGCAGUACAGAAUAUAGUUUCUUAUCCUGUAUAUACAUAGCAAAGGAUCUUUAUUAUUGGACACCUGGUGCCACAACUAUUAUAUGGUGGCACAGCUGAGAUGGGACACCACUGUGACACUGAAGUCUAGAGCUUCCUUCCAUUAAAAAUGCAUUUUCUUUUGUUUUCAUUUUAGUAGCUUUCCCCCUGCACCAUUUUGCUGCAUCAUUUACAUAAUCAAUGAAAUCAUUUGUAUGAGCAGUUAAGGCUAAUAAUUUGACGCAUUAUUCUUAAUUUUUAAAAAAGCCUCUCACACACAAUCUACGAGCUCUAAACCGAAUGCCACACACUUGUCGUAGCCAUGUAUUGUGGCCCACCAGUAGUGCAAUAGAGCUUCUGGUUCCACUGUUUAUUGAAAAAGCAAAAAUAAAAUAAAAUAGAUAAAUAAAAAUACCUCUGAAUACCAGUUGCUGGAAAUCACAAGUGAGCAGAGUGUUGCCGUCCUCAUGUCCUGCUUGUGCGUUUCCUAUAGGCAUCUGAUUGGCCACUGUGAAAGCAGAAUGAUGGACUAUCAGUAGUCUUCAACCUUUCAGACCCAGGACCUCAAACAUGCAUUUGGGGAUCCAUUUCUUAAUCUUUUGCCAUAUAUUUGCAUGGUGAUAGUGCUCCUGUUGUGACACACCUCAGAUCAGGUGAGACCCACUAGUGAAAGACUAAUAGACUAGUAGACUAGACGAACCUUGGCCCUGCUCCAGCAGAGUUGUUAUGUUCUUAGUCAAGCACCUGGUAGGCCACAAUACGUGGUGGGUGGGUUGCAUUCAGUUUGAUGGAGCACAAGUUGUGUAGACCUAUGUUAAGCCAUAUACUGUGCGUUUGCCUGUUCAGCUUCUAGCACUGAAUUUUAUUUUAUUUUUUAGCAUUGCUCCUCCACUGUUAGGUAUGCAUCUAUCAAAACUAGUUACUUGAAAAUUGAGGGGGGGGUUUCUGUGUAACUGGAAACGGAACCAUUUUAAAGUCAAAAUUGUUUAGCUUUUGCUGAUGGCAAUCAAAAUGCAUCGUUAUAAAAAGGUUCCUGUUGAGGAGGCAUAAGGUGAGACUCACCUGAGACAAACAUAUUUGGUAUAAUAAGGCUUUCUAUCAUUUGAUGAAAUCUUCUCUCUAGUAACAGUUAAAUGCACAUUUUGGCAGCUGUGGAUUUCAUGUACACUGAUUAGUAGAAAGAGACAGACUGACUAUGCACAAGGGCUACCUGAGCUGUGUUUGUGAACGGAUAGAAGCAAAUGCUGAGAUCUAGCCAUGUACUUGCGUAAUAGUUUAUCAAAGGGCAUAUUUAUCAAAGAGGCAGCCUUUGUUAAGUCAACCCAGAAUGCCCCCAACUUACUUUCUCACAUGGCCACAUUAGCAUCUUAUUAAAUUACUGGGACUGUUUAAGGAUAGUCAAAACAAAAAAAGGUUGAUGUUUUUUUCUUAUCUGCUCACUGCCAUCAUGUUAUAAUGUGGAGAAAACCUGUUAAAUAAAUAGCAACCCCAUGCAUGUCUUCUCAGAAACAAGGCCCACCAAGUUGGUAUAGUGUUGUUUAAGAAAUCUGCAAUCCUAUGCACACUUAACUGAGAAAAAACCCUGAUGAAUGCUUCUGAGUAGACAUACAUAGGAUUGUUCUGUAAAUUAGUUGUUUUUGUGUUGAAGGGCAAAAUUAUAUCACCAAAGGUUUUUUUAUUUUAUUUUUAAAAAAUCCUUGUUUCAGGGGCAUUUGCUUUGGGGUUUUGUUUUUUUAAUUGUUUCCCUAUAGACACCCACCUGGAAAAGAACCCACAGAGAUUUAUACUUCUACUGCCAAGACAUUAUUAUUAUUGUUAUUAUUAUUAAUUAUUAUUAGAGGAUUAUGAAAACACACUAAUGUCUGCAGUGGAGACUCCAGGGACAUCUGUACAUAUGUAAAUGGCAAAUAGAGACAUGUUAACAGAAAUGCAUUCAUUUUCCUUGGAAUGUGCAUUGUUUUUAUUUCGCAGGAAAAAAAUAAAGCUUGAAGCUCCAUCUUAUGUGGAAAAUGAAUCCUGUUUGUUAGCGUUUGUGAAGUCUCCACAUUUGUUUCACUUCUUGUAAUAUACUCUGGAUCCUUUGUGAAAAGAAUUUUGUUGCAUUUUUUGUUUUUCCCUUCAUGUAAUAACUAGCUUAAAUGUACUAGUCUUAUCACCUGUGUAUUUUUAGGGUGCUACAAAAAUAAUGAAGAAAAUAAGGGGAUUAAAUAAUAAAAAAGAUUGUAACCAAAUUCAUACUUUGUACAAUUUUUUGAUAUUGUGAUCAGAGGAGAAUUUUAAAAAGUACAAUCGGAAUUAACAUGCAAAAAUGGCCAUUGUCUUUGUUUGUACAUUGUAUGUACAGUACAAUGCAAUCAUUUCAUACUUUAAAACUGGUCAGAAAAAAAUAAUUGUGAUUUUUAGUCUUGAAAAACUGUAUGUAGUUAGAUGAUGUGACAACCUAAUAUUUAUCUAAUAAAUAUGUAUUCAAAUGAAACCUGUA